UUUAUUUUUGAAAGUCUCGUCGCUAGAGUGCACUAGAAUCAAAAACAGCUGUCAAACAGCUGUCCGACACCGACAGUCAGAGGAAUGGCGAAUGGACGAAUCUUUUCUUGCAUAGGAUUAGGAUUUGAGGUUAUAUUGUAUUUUGAUAUUGCAUACUGACUUAUUUUAUAAAUUUAUGUCUGUCAAUUGAAAUUACGGUAUUCCCUGUUUAUUAAGGAAAAUGAAUACAAUAUUCAAACUUGUUCAGCAAAAGUUGGCUCCAUCCAUUUCUCGAGUGGGAACUUAUCAGAAGAUUGUUGAGCGGUCGUUCCAUGCUUUCUCGCAACCUGUGACACAGAUCGCAGUCAAACCAGUUGACCGACCCCUGCUAUCAGCUGGCCAACAAAUCUACCUUAUUCCUUGUUGCGGAUUCAAAUACAAGGAUGUGCUCAAAAAAAGGUGCAGAGACUGUUUUGUAGUUGUGAAAGACAGGCAAGCCAUGGUUUUGUGCAACACUCAUCCCAGACACAAGAUGAAGCGAAUAAUGCCCAAAGAGAAAGACACGUGGAUUGUAACUCAUCACACUACUGGCAAAUUUAGGGAAUGGUGAUAGGUUCUAGAUUUUGUAAUAGCUAUUUGUAGAUAUUAAAAGGGCACGUGUUUGCUAAAA